UUUUCGGCGCAGGCGCCGUUCGGAGUCCUUUUUUCGUUCGCCUUCCUCUCUGGUCUUCGGUCUCUCGCUGCUCUUACCCGGACAUGGCGGUCUCUCUGGGCGAGGUAGUUGCUGGCGGUGGCGCUAGCCGCUUGCGGCGGCAGCUGGAAUCCGGGAGUUACGCGGCCGAGGAGUACGUGAAGCAGCUGUCCCAGCAGUCGGAUGGGGACCGGGACCUGCAGGAGCACCGGCAGCGCAUUCAGGCGCUGAGCGAGGAGACGGCGCAGAGCCUCAAGCGCAAUGUCUACCAGAACUACCGGCAGUUCAUCGAGACGGCCCGUGAGAUCAGCUACCUGGAGAGCGAGAUGUACCAGCUCAGCCACAUCCUCACGGAGCAGAAGGGCAUCAUGGAAACCGUCACCCAGGCUCUGCUGCUGCAGGCCAACGCCGGCGAGCGAGAGGACCCGGCUGUCGCGGGCGCCCGGCGAGCUGCCGCCGCCGCCGACCCCCACACGAACCCUUUCCUGCCUCUCUCGGGCAAGGACGCCUCGGCCAGCGAGGAGGGCCGGCAGCGAACUCUCACCACCCUCCUGGAGAAAGUGGAGGGCUGCCAAGACCUGCUUCCAGAGAGUCCUGGCAAGUACCUAGUGUACAAUGGGGACCUUGUGGAGUACGAUGCUGACCACAUGGUGCAGACCCAGAAAGUGCAUGCUUUCCUUAUGAAUGACUGCCUGCUGGUGGCAGCAUGGCUGCCCAACCGGCGGGGCAUGUAUCGUUAUGAUGCCCUUUACCCACUUGAUGGGCUGGCUGUGGUUAAUGUUAAGGACAACCCCCCCAUGAAAGAUAUGUUCAAGUUGCUUAUGUUCCCCGAGAGUCGCAUCUUCCAAGCUGAGAAUGCCAAGAUCAAGAAAGAGUGGUUGGAAGUGCUGGAGGAGGCAAAAAGGAAUCGGGUUCUCAGUGAGAAACGAAGACUGGAGCAGGAGGUCCCAAUACGGGCUCCUUCAAUGCCUGCUGAGACUACUAAUCCUUUUGAUGAAGAGGAGGAGGAGGAAGAGGAGGCAACACCGGAAGAAGAAAUGGUGGAUCUGUCUCUAGAAUGGAUUCAGGAACUGCCAGAAGACCUGGAUGUUUGCAUUGCUCAGAGAGACUUUGAAGGGGCAGUUGAUUUGUUAGAUAAGCUGAAGGAAUAUCUGGGUGACAAACCUGUGACCCAGAUGGUUAGAGAGCUGCGAGCAAAGGUGGAUGAAAGAGUCCGACAGCUCACUGAGGUCCUUGUGUUUGAGUUGUCUCCAGAUAGAUCUCUCCGAGGAGGGCCCAGAGCUACCCGCCGAGCUGUUUCCCAGCUCAUUCGCUUGGGCCAGUCAACUAAGGCAUGUGAACUUUUCUUGAAGAAUAGGGAAGCUGCUGUUCACACAGCCAUCCGACAGUUGCGCAUUGAAGGUGCCACUUUGCUGUACAUUCACAAGCUUUGUCAUGUCUUCUUUACCAGCCUGUUAGAGACUGCAAGAGAAUUUGAGACAGACUUUGCUGGAAAUAGUGGGUGCUAUUCAGCUUUUGUUGUCUGGGCCCGGUCUACCAUGCGGAUGUUUGUAGAUGCCUUUAGCAAGCAGGUGUUUGACAGUAAGGAGAGUUUAUCUACUGCUGCUGAGUGUGUAAAGGUGGCCAAGGAACAUUGUAAGCAACUCAGUGAUAUUGGUCUGGAUCUGACCUUCAUCAUUCAUGCCCUACUAGUAAAGGAUAUCAAAGGGGCUUUGCAGAGCUACAAAGACAUCAUAAUCGAGGCCACGAAACAUCGCAACUCUGAGGAGAUGUGGAGGAGAAUGAACUUGAUGACACCAGAAGCCUUAGGAAGGCUUAGAGAGGAAAUGAGGAGCUGUGGUGUGACCAGUUUUGACCAGUAUACUGGAGAUGACUGCUGGGUGAAUCUUAGCUACACGGUUGUGGCUUUCACGAAACAGACCAUGGCCUUCUUGGAGGAGGCUCUCAAGCUGUAUUUCCCAGAGCUGCAUAUGGUUCUGCUAGAAAGUCUGAUGGAGAUAAUCCUUGUGGCCAUCCAACAUGUUGAUUACAGUUUACGGUGUGAACAGGACCCUGAGAAGAAAGCAUUCAUCAGGCAAAAUGCAUCUUUCCUUUAUGAAACUGUGCUUCCUGUUGUGGAAAAAAGAUUUGAGGAAGGUGUUGGAAAGCCUGCUAAGCAGUUGCAGGAUCUGAGGAAUGUUUCACGACUAAUGCGUAUUAAUCCUGAAAGUACUACCUCAGUGGUGUGAAAUGUAAUGCCUCGGUGCUUUUUAUAUAAAGAUUGUAUAUACAGACAUGUACACGAUCAGUAAAACUCUCAUUAGUUAAUUAUGUUUUACAAAUACAGCAGACAGCAAAUAAAAAAGGAAAAGAAUUAAAGCAAAUACUGUUAUUAGAAAGCUCAAAUAACAUCUUUCUUUUGAAGGUCUGAUGGUGGCAGUUUAGAUUUUAAGAGGUCAUAUGGUGACAUAAUCUGUUUAUGUUAAUAAGUAAUGUUAUUAAUAUAUAAUUAGGUGCUCAAGAAAAAAGUCUAGCCCUUUUUUGGGAAUAUAAAUUAUGAGAUACAUCUGUUGAUUUCUCCAUAUUAGGUAGGGGUGUGCAUGAUACAGGAAGAAUGUUUUGUUUUGAACAAUCCAUUGUAAUCCAAAUGUUCUGUUGAGCUGUUCCAUGUCAGCCAGAGUUUAGCAGUACCCAAACCCAGAAUGUUAUUCUGGGUUUCAGAUGAAACAAAAUCCAAAUGGGCCAAGUAGGGUUAGGUGGCAUGUAUCACCCCUCUUUCCCUUCAUCUCCCUCAACUGUUCCAAGUAUGGCAUAUCUCACCAUACUGGGAACAGCUGAGAGGGAGGAAGGGAAAGAGGGGUGAUACCUACCAUAUACUAUCCAUAUACAUACACGUACCACACAACCCUUUCCCAGCACUUCUCCCUUCAGCCACUGCCAGUAUGCCAGUAGGGCAUAUACUAGUGGCCCUUGCCCUCACUUUCCUAGCACAUUCCCUCCUUUGCCACUGUUGACAUUCCAGACUGGCAUAUAGUACUGGCCUGCCUUUCUUGCUGAUUCGCCAGGGCUUGCCUUCCCUUCUGAUGCCAGUGUUCUUAUCAUGUUUCCUGCUUCCCCCCAAAUCAUUUCUGCCUGAAACAAAACAGCUCCAGUUUGCUAUUCACAGUCCUUCAUGCCAAAACCUGCAUAUCAGUUUGGGCAUCGGCCACCUAAAGCCAGCUAUUCCAUGCAUGGAACAUUUUCUACACCCCUAAUAUUAGACUAUUUCCCUUUGUUUCUAAAGUAGCAUAAAUUGUGUGGGAACAAAUCCCUCUCAGAUGAUGAGGAAAUACUACAAAAGCUGCAGUCAAUAGUACAGUUCAAAAAGAUCCAGCUUAAAAAUACUUCGAAAACUAAUUCAGCAUGGGAUCCACACUUAAUGAUAGCAUUUCUAGUGUACAUAUAUUUUUGGCAGUAAUAAAUGCUACUUUAAGUGUAAAAUUUGCUUCCUUUUGAUUUUCAGUAGGUGAAACCUGAGUAAUUUCAAAUAAAAUAAUAGUUGUCCCCAAAAAGUAACCUUGCCACUAUUUCUGAGUUUUGCUGCAGUUUUGGCAUCACUGAAGUCAAAUCUUUAAAAAAUAAAACUCUAUUCUUGAUUAGAAAUGGAAAGUACUGUGACUAACUGCAGAACAAGUUGUGCUUAAUACAGUUUUCAUGCACCCAUGCGCACACAUCCUUUGAAUUGUAAACAGUGAUGUUAAUUUGAGGGAAGAUAUAUAAUCUGGUUCAGUUUCAUUAUAUCUGUAUGUGAUCAUCAAUGAUCAACUGAAAAUUGAAAUGAAAUGGAGAAUAGUUUUACAAUGUUAACAAAUCUGUAUUCCUGAAAAUUUCAUGAUAUGAAAAAUCACCGGUGUAAAAUUAAGUGGUAAAGGAUGCAACAUUUAGGGCACUGCAAAAUACAUACAUACAUAUAUAUGGGAUGGAGGGGUAGGGUACCUGAGUUAAAGUAAAAACUUACCAGGGCAGUAAUCAAGGUAUGCAACUGUAGUAGCUUUUUCAAUAGUUUUGCCCACAGUGCUUAUGUUUAAUAUGGGUAGAGAGUUAGACUUUUUUUCUUUUUAAGAAUAAAUAUGCUCUGCAAGGUUAAUGCCUAUUGAAUGAAUCCCUAUCAUGCAUAUACUGGUGUAGUGUAAUUAUCUAAUGGGCACUAAGCCAGAAUUAAUAACUCCAGGGAAGUGCUCCCAUUUGUUGUGCAAACAGCCUUAUCUUCAGUAGGAUGUAAAAUGAAAUGCUAUGCUGAAAAUAUUAAAGACUGUUACCACUUC